UUUUAUGGACAUCAAGGAAAAUUAUAGCACCCAAUACAGCGAGGAGUUCAAAAGAAAACGAUACUCGAAAUGAUACUUCAUCUGACAUUAUCUAAAUGCCUCGCCUCGUGUUCUGGCCGGAGUCUUGGGGCAAUUAGGCCUGCGAUAAUUCAACAAAACAGAAAACAAAACUUGAACUUCAGCCUGCUGCUGGCACCUUGGGAGCGAGUGCUUGUGUGAUAUCUGGUAAUUGCCAGCAUCAAUUGCAUUACUCAUACGCCGCGUUGUCGCUGUGGCUGUGGCUAACUGCGGUUAGCCUUAGGCUCGGGAUCGAGAAAAACUAAUGCGCGACGGGUGACAUUGUAAGAAAAUGCAGUUGCACUUGAUGCUGCCAACUAAAGAUGCGAGCAGCGAUGAGAUGACAUGAGAGGAAAACGUUUAGCUGGCAUCAAAUGCAUUUGCUGUAUCGCUGCCAAGAUUUCCAGUUCACCAUGAAACGGGACGCAGCUGGCCCCAGAGUCUCAUGGUCGCGUUUUUGAACCAUUUUCGCCAAGAGCUGGAGCUGGAGCACGAGAGCGGGCCAAAACCCGUUGUGCAACAUUUGGUGGCCGCCUUUGGCCGCAUUUAGCCAGACGGAUGACGGCAAGCAACCUUGACCCGGUUCUACUAAACUUCUAAAGCCUGGUCACCACAUAACCUCCAUUCGCGCUCGACUACUGGCCUUUUCCACGCUCCCAGUUGGCUCGGCUAUCAGACAGACACAGAACCUAAUUAGCAUUUCCGCACGUUCGCUUUGUAGUAGUGGUAGUACUAGUAGUGAGUGUGGGAUUUCCACAGGCGAAGGAUACUGUUGCUCCUUGGGAAACCUAAUUAAAAGUGCUCCUUGAACUCGCCGCCUGAAAGGUUUCAGCACGGAUUAAUGCCUCCGGUUGGCAGCUUCCAGUUAACACUUUAAGUCUUCCAUCGCAAACUCAAGGAGCGGGCUGGUGAAAGCUGGCGAAAGCUGCUGAAGGAGCUGGCCAUCAAGAUGCUAAAGUUUUCAAUUAGAACAUUUUCUCAUUUACAUUUGAAAUGGAUUUGUUGCGCCACUUGCGCUCGUUUGACUCUAUCUUAAUUGGUUUUUAUCGCAGAGUUUUUGGCCAGGGAAUGAAUAUUGUUUGCUUUUCUAUGUACUUGCUUAAACUUUAUGUGGUUGCUUAAACAUAUCAUAUACAUACAUACAAGAUAAACUCUUAAAAAACAAAAUUAUAGUAUAAAAAUAAUUAAAUAUAAGACUUUACUUAAUAGUAAGCUGUCUGUUUCAACCACCCUAACUUCAACCAACUGUUGCCGGUUGCCAAAGGAAAAACGUUGCCAUGACACUGGAUGGAAAAACAAAUAAAGGUCUCCACGGAAACACCGACGAGCGACCAUAACAAAGGGCUUUUAAGUGUGUUUUUCAUUUACCAACGCACCGCUCAGCGAAAAUGUUGCAUCAGGGAAUUAUCCUGCGUGAGGGACAUGUGACCAGGACCAUAUAUAAUCUGAUCAAGGACAAGCGCUACGAGGAUGUGAUCGAGUGCAUAACCAGUUUCGGUGAGGCGGCCAACACGAGGGCGGGUCUAUCCACCCUGGGACACUGCUACUACCACGCCCAGAAGUACGAGGAGGCGGCCACCUGCUACGAGCAGCUCUGCCAGCUGGCGCCCAAGGAAGCCAAGUACAGAUUCUACUAUGCGCAGUCACUCUAUCAGGCUGGCAUCUUUGCCGACGCUCUGCGUGUGCUCAAACAAAUGGGUGACCAGGCGGAUGAGCUCCGGGAGCAGUGUCUCCAGCUGCAGAGUGCGAUCCUCUACUCCAGCGAGGACUUCGCGGGAGCACAGAGCCUGCUAAAUCAGCGGGCAGGUGGCACUGCAGAAACCCUCAACGAUGAGGGAUGUCUGCUCUUCCAGGCGGAUCAGCACGAGGCGGCGGUGCAACGCUUUCAGGCGGCCCUCCAAGUGGGUGGCUUUAACCCUUUGGUGGCCUACAAUGUGGCGCUGGCGCAUUUUCAGAAAAAACAGAGAGCUCAGGCACUGGACUACACAUCCGAGAUUGUGGAGAGGGGAAUGCGCAAUCAUCCGGAGCUGGGAAUAGGUGCCCAGGUGGAUUUAGCCGAUGGCGGUGCCAGGAGCGUGGGCAAUCCCAUCACCAUGGCCAUUUCGGGCAUUACUCAGGCACUUAAUCUCAAGGCAGCCAUCGAAUUUCAAGACGGCAAUGAAGAAGCAGCCAGGGACGCCCUCCUGGACCUUCCGCCUCGAGCCGAGAGCGAACUAGAUCCCGUCACAUUGCACAACAUGGCCUUAACCGAUGUCCAAGGACCUGUGGCGGGUCUGAGGAAGCUGGCAUUCCUCCUGGAGCUGGGUGCUCCCUCCUGCCCGAAGGAGACCUUCGCCAACAUCCUGCUCAUCUGCUGCAAGCACGAACUUUACGAAACUGCUGCGGAUAUCCUGGCGGAGCACACGGACCUCACCUACAAGUAUCUUUCGCAAUAUCUGUACGAGUUAUUGGACUCCCUAAUAACCGCACAAACCAGUGCCGAGUUGGCCGAGAAGAAGCUGGGCACUCUGGCCUCCAGUCUAGCAGGCAAGCUGCGCAGCUUGGCCGCAAAAGUCCAGGAGGUCAGGGCCACCAAUGAGCAACAGGCACUCAGGGAUGCCCUCAAGGACUACGAGCAGGCACUGGAACUUUACUUGCCUGUGGUGAUGGCUCGAGCCUGGAUCUCCUGGCGGGAUGAUGACUUUGUCGGAGCUGAAAGGGAAUUCCAUGCAAGUGCCGAGUUCUGUUCUGAGAACUCCAUUUGGCGACUGAAUGCAGGACAUGUGCUCUUCAUGCAGGGAGAUAAGUACAACGAGGCGGCUGCCUUUUAUGAACCCAUCGUGCGCCAGCACUCAGAUGAUAUCAUGUCCGUCCCCGCUGCGGUGCUGGCCAACCUGUGCGUCGCCUACAUCAUGACAUUCCAGAACGAGGAGGCCGAGGAGCUGAUGCGUAAAGUGGAAAAGGCCGAGGAGAUGAAGGGCAACCUGGGCAAGCAGUACCACCACCUGUGCAUUGUCAAUCUGGUGGUGGGCACACUGUACUGCGCCAAAUCCAACUAUGAGUUCGGCCUCUCCCGCAUCGCCCACGCCCUGGAGGGUGGGUCUGGGAACCGUCUGUAUGCCGACACCUGGCUGCAUGUGAAGCGAUGUGUCCUGGGGCUUCUCACCGGCAUGGCCAAGCAGAACAUCAUCCUGCCCUAUGCCACCGUGCAGGAGGUCCUCAACUUUCUGCGCUUUUGCGAGGCCUACGGCCUCUUUACGCCGGCCAACAUAUUUUCCGCCACCGAACAGGUGCCGGAGGAGCCGCUCACCAUUGGACUGGAGGCCAGGAAGUUGAGGUAUCUGUUGAUUAGGCUGAGCGAAUACGAUAACUAUUAGAUUCUGCUUCACUGUUUAGUAAAUGCAAACGUGGAAAAGAAACUUAGUAUAACUUAUAAGAAAUAAAUAUGAAAAA